AUGCCGCGCACCAAUGAACCAAGUGACAAGCCCCAUGACGUCUCAGCCGCCAGUUUUGCGCUUCCACAAUGGCCCGAAGUGCCCCAUAGUCCCACCCUGAUGCUUGGAGACCAUUCCAGCGGGGAUGAACAUUAUAAAUGCCUAGACAACCUGCUUGACAUGCCACGUCUUCGUACACCCCCGGCCGGGUCCACGACUCCGCCUGCGAAAGAAUCAACCCCGGAAGAGAAAUCCAAUGUAAGCAUUGUCCCCUCUGUCCCGAGUACAGGACCUUCCAAGCUGAACUGUCGGUACCAGAAACGACGAGAGCAAAACCGAAACGCGCAGCGUGCGUACCGAGAGCGCAAGGGGAAAUACAUCCGUGAUCUCCUCCAGCUCGUCGAUGAGAUGAAUGAGAGCCACAGCAACCUGUGGAAUGCCUACAAAACCCUACAACAGGAGGCCGUGCGUCUACAGGGCCAGGUACAAGACCUGAAAGGCCAGCUCGAGCUCUGGAACAAGGCGCAGGUGGUGAUGGUCAAGUUCCCGGGUCAAGCUGCACCUCCGGCUCCCUUGACCGCUCCCCAAGACCUGCUGGCUGGUUCCCAUGAUCUGGCCCAGGUCUUGGAUAUACUGCCAAAUCUUGAAUCAGCGUAUCCGGCGAUAUGA